AUGAUUCUUCGAUAUUUGAGUACUUUUGUGCUUCUUUUGUUAUGUGUUUCUCAAUCGGGACGAGUUGGCGGUCAAUUUCAAUGCAAAGACAUGAAAAAUCAAAAUGUUGAUUGGUUUGUUUUCUACAAACUGCCUAAAGUCAAGGGCUCGCCGAGUGACUCAGUGGCGGAUGGCACCGCUUUUUUGUACCUCGACAAAAACAAUAAGCAAUGGGUUUACCCAACCAUGAACAUGUUAGAUGGGAAUCACGCUAUCGCCUACACUCUGCAACAAUACUACGAUCGACAAGAUGACUCGAUGAUUAUGUCGAUUUUCUACAAUGACGAACACCCGGAUAACGUCACUUCUUCUAGUUUGGGACAUCAAAAAG